AUGGACGGAUACCCUUUCCUUCGCAUUACCAUCACCUUAAAGCGCCGACCUUCACUCUAUGUCUUCAACCUGAUAAUCCCCAUCACGCUGUUAUCCCUUCUCAGCUUCCUGGUGUUCGCUCUGCCUAUAGAGCACGGAGACAAAACGGCUUUCUCCAUGACAGUUCUGCUCGCUUUCACAGUGUUCCUGAGUCAGAUGACCAACGAAAUGCCCAGGACAUCCCUACAGACGUCAUACCUCACCAUCUACCUCACCGCCCUCCUCACUCUCAGCUCCCUUGCUGUGGCAAUGUCAAUCCUCAUCCUCAGGGUGCAUCGAAGGACCGAUGAAGUACCUUUAAUAUUGCAAAGAUGGGUCACUGCCAAGAUAUGCUGUUCUCGGAACAAAACAAAGAAGGAAGAUACAUUAGAUAUGACGAAGCCUUCAGGACAUAACGGCGAAAGAGAGAAAUCUGAUGACAGGGUGGAGUGGAAGGAUGUUUCUCUUGUGCUUGAUGCCUUCUGUCUGAGACUCUUCAUGUUCCUCAAUGUGGGUUGUAUCGUUGCUCUCUUGAUCCUACUUAUCUAA